AUCGAGUGUUUCACUUCUAAUUUUGUGAAUAAAAUAAAACCACGCUCAUUUUAUGUUGUAUUAAUUUGUUUUUGUUUUAUACAGUAGACGCGACACGGGACUGUAUUUUGAAGGUGGGAGGAAGUAAAGCCGUUGCUUCCGGUGGUUGUGUUGAUGUUGUCUAGCUCGGCCCAGUUCGGUACGGUUUACGCAGCAGCUGCAGGAGGAGGCAGUACGGUAGUGAAAGUGAGAGUGUGACCGCAGAGGAAAGAUGGCGGCUCCUGCUCUCUCCGGUCGGACUGGCUCGGCGGGCAGCCUCGGGAACAGCCCCACCAUAGCGGCAGGCAGGCUGCCGCACGGCGGCGGUGGCGUCGGGCCCGAGCUCGACUUCAGGUCGGCGGCCCGUAUGGAGGACCUGAACCGGCUCAUCCAGGAGUUCAGCAAGCACGACCAGCGGGAGUACGACGACCAGCGGGCUCUGGAGAUCCACACGGCUAAAGACUUCAUCUUCUCAAUGUUGGGAAUGGUCCAAAAGUUGGACCAAAAGCUCCCAGUAGCCAACGAGUACCUCCUCCUUUCAGGAGGUGUUCGGGAAGGUGUGGUGGACAUGGACCUGGACGAGCUCAGCGUCUAUGCCCGCGGGACCGACUACGACAUGGAUUUCACUCUACUUGUCCCUGCACUCAAACUCCAUGACCGCAACCAGCCAGUGACCCUGGACAUGAGGCACUCUGCGCUGGGCCACUCCUGGCUCAGCCUCCGCCUCUUUGACGAGGGAACCAUCAACAAAUGGAAGGACUGCUGCACCAUUGUCGACCACAUCAAUGGCACCACCAACUACUUCUUCUCCCCGACACUGGUGGCUGACUGGUUCUACCAGUCUAUCUCCUUGGUUCUGCUGGAGGUGCAGAAGAAGCCACAGAGAGGGAUGCCAAGGGUGGAGAAGGUGGAGAGGAACGGUACCAUUAUCUCUGUCAUCCUGGGCGUCGGGAGCAGUCGGAUGCUCUAUGACAUCGUCCCAGUGGUGUCGUUUAAAGGCUGGCCUGCUGUUGCUCAGAGCUGGUUGAUGGAGAACCACUUCUGGGAUGGGAAGAUCACAGAGGAGGAGGUCAUCAGUGGCUUUUACCUUGUCCCUGCCUGCUCUCACAAAGGCCGCAAGGAGAACGAAUGGCGCCUGUCGUUUGCUCGUAGCGAGGUGCAGCUUAAGAAGUGCAUCUCUUCCAGCCUGAUGCAGGCGUACCAGGCGUGUAAGGCGAUCAUCAUCAAACUGCUGUCCCGCCCCAAAGCCAUCAGCCCCUACCACCUACGCAGCAUCAUGCUGUGGGCCUGUGACCGCCUCCCUGCCAACUACCUUGUGCAGGAUGACUUCUCCGCCCACUUCCUGCUUGGUCUUAUCGACGACCUGCAGCACUGCCUCGUCAACAAGAUGUGUCCCAACUACUUCAUCCCCCAGUGCAACAUGUUGGAGCACCUGUCGGACGAGACGGCCAUGCUGCACGCUCGCAAACUCUGCUCGGUGCGCUCCGACCCGGCCGAGCACCUCCGUACCACCAUAGAGCAUGCUAAGGCAGCCAACAGGCUGACAGUGGAGCUGCAGUGGCGCGGCAGCUCCAACAACCUGCCAUCGCCGCAGUCCGACGCCAGCGGGGAGAACCAGCCAGACGACCGGCUGGCCAAAAAGCUCCAACAGCUCGUUACGGAGAAUCCAGGGAAAUCCAUCUCCGUCUUCAUCAACCCGGACGACGUCACGCGGCCGCACUUCCGCAUUGAUGACAAAUUCUUCUAAAACUGAGGAAUGUUCUCCUCCUCCUCCUCCUCAUCCUCUCUGCGUACCUUCUUGUUACUUGGUGCCCCGCCUCCUUUGAAACUUUAUUUUUUAAAUUUUUUUAAUGUUCCUCUGCCACAGAGUGAAGUGAGGUGAUCGUCUUGUCUGCCACAGUUUUUAAUUUUUAUUUUUAUAUUCCUGUCCCCUCAUCCCUCAACAUUCACUGUGUGCCCUGUGUUUCUUGAACCUGCUCGAUGCCUUUGAAAUAGACGGCAGGUUGUUUUAGGUGAAGUUUUACCUUCGGGUGAAGUUUUUGGCGGUUUGACAUAAUGAUCAGGGAUCAGGUCGAUGACAGGAUUGUGUUUGGAGGUCGAUUUUUAUCCCUCUGAGGAAUGUCUUGGUCCUGCUGGACGAUGAUGGUACUAAUGUCUUAGAAGCUAACUGUAAAUAUAGGAAUUGACUGAACAUGUGUGUGUAGACAGAAGGUGAGGUAGAAGAUAUUGUUAAUGUGUAAACUACUUUUCAUUAAACUUUGCACAGAAUGUAAAAAAAAAAGAAGAAGCAAACACUCGAUGAUGGACGUCAUAUUCGUCCUGAUUCUGAAUGAUGUAUCACAACAUAACUCGUAUGACACUUUAUUGUGAAUUUUAAAAAUGUAUAAAUGUGCUGGAAGAGCAGCAAGUACACAGUGAUACUGCAACGGUACAUCACCAGUGUAGAAAUAAAACUGAAAGCUGAAUUAAACUGAAGCUAAAACAUCUGGUUGGCCAUCUCUUUCGGUGGUGGUUGGCAGCAUUAUUGGUCAUAUACCCUGCCCCCUGGUGGCUGGCUGCAGUACAGGUCAUUAUCCUUGCCCCUCCAUUUUAGCAGAUGGGACAUGGACCAAACUACAACUUUAAACAAAAUAAACUAAAUUAAAGUAAACAUCAAAUAAAUGUUUGGUAAUACUUAUCUUACUGAUGUUUGUCUGAACUCAUGAAUGUUCUCAGUUUGUCUUAAAAUAGUUAUUGAUGAUACAAAAGCAUUCAUUACAAUUUGAUUUUCAUAAAGAGUAGUAAAAGCAGUCUAUUUGUCCAUAUGGUAUCUUCUUUAGUUUUAGUUCCACCAAGCUCUUGUUUGGAUUACCAAACAAAUACGACACUAAAAUAAGCCACUUUGUUAAAACAUUAACAUGAGGAAAUAAUCAGUCAGAGGUAGGAUUAGCUGCUCCACGAUGAACUGUCCUGAAAGCCUUUGACUCCACAUGUGUCCUGACCUCUGUGUCCUCGGUGAAGAUGUGUGACAGCAGCAUCACUGUGUACUGACAGUUUAACGCUCAGGUUAAUCUGCUGCGUUCUGACCAUUGACCGGUACAGCGUCACAAAUGAUCUACACACUGGCACCACUUAUUCUUCUCACGAUGUUUCCAUGUGUUUCACUGUCUUUGUAUGACCUCACAAUGCUUUGUUUUUUUUUAUCAUGUUUUAUUGUAUUUAUCUCCUUUUUUUUUUUUUUUAAAUGUGUUGACGUGGAGAUGAUUCAUCGCAACCAGCUCAGAAUGAACUUUCAUUUUGACAACUGUUGGCCUGUGUUUUUUCGAGGUGCCUCCUCUUUGCUCCGACGUCCCUCCUCUUUUCAUCGGCUUCCUGUUUACUCUGAAUGGUCAUGUGACUUUUGGUGCAUGUGUGUUAUUUUAAAUGAACAGAAAAGGAUGAUUAUGUAGCUGGGAAAAGAAAUCAUGGCUGACAGAAUGUAGCUGCUUUUUUUUCUUACUUUUGAAGUCAUAAAUUAUAUUCUUGUCUAAUCUUUCUGUUGAAAGUACAGGAACUGAUGGAAAAUUGCUGCCUGAGACACACACUUGCCAGAGACAUACACUCAAUUUGUCUCAAACAAACCUGAAUCUUAACAUUACGUUUCUGGUUUCCUUUUGUAAAAACGUUGAAGCUAGGGAUGAGACAUGCCACUUUUUUCUGUCCGAUAACGAUACCGAUAUUAGUCCGAUACAGUCAGUUUAACGCUCAGGUUAAUCUGCUGCGUUCUGACCAUUGACCGGUACAGCGUCACAAAUGAUCUACACACAUGACAUCACUGGCACCACUUAUUCUUCUGACGAUGUUUCCAUAUGUUUCACUGUCUUUGUACGACUUCACAAUGUUUGUUUUAUUUAAUCAUGUUUUAUUGUAUUUAAAUCAUAUCCGAUAACGAUACCGUUAACAAAUAUUGUUCUCCCAAAUAGAAGAAAUAAACAGCCCAAACAUGACUCAGCUAAAAUGCUUUUGCUGAUUUUUAUUUUCAUUUUUAGAGAAGCAUGCGAUAUAUAGGAUGUAUGGAUUGUAUCAGAUUGUACAUUUUUAUCUGCCCGAUAUCCGAUCCAGUGAUUUUGGCACUGACCGGUACCAAUUUCCAUCCCGAAUUGAAGCUUUUGUCUCUAAGCAUCAUGGGAAUUGUAGUAGUUUCUGAGCUGACUGUGUUGAGUCUGUUAUUGUUGUUGUUUUAAUUUUGUGUUUCAAACUGUAACAUUUCCAAGAAGAAAAAAAAACCCUGCAGACAUGUGACUGACAAUGUGAUCAUGUGAUCUCCAUAUCCUCAUCCUCAAGUGCAAUUAGUGAAAACACACACACACAUCAUGUAGCAUAGUCAAACAGGACACUAAACCCUCCACGAACACACACAGAUGUUUCACACCAUCAAAGUGCCACACACACACACUCCUGCUCAAUAUGUUGUUCUGAGCAUCAUGACCUUUGACCUUACUCCUCCUCUUACUGUUUCCCUCUCUCUGUUCAGAACCUUUUGACUGUGAGCUUUUUCUCUAUCUCUUGCUGCUCUGCUUUGUUCUGAUGGUGGAUUUCUUUAUGCAAUGUCAAUUUGGACGGUUUGACCCUUCAGAUCACAGCGCCCCCCUCAGUCUGUUCUCACUCGGUGAAUGUCAUACAAAAGUUAAUAAAUCAAAAACAUGUGUCUCACAUGAAGAUGUGACAUUCAUGUGUGAUUUUGUUCACUGAUUCAUUAAAAUGUUUCAGCUGGCAUGAUGAAACGUCACAAAAACCCGACCUUCAAAUUGCCGGACACAAAUUAAGUGGACAGGAGAAAUGAAUGUAACUCAAAGCAAAUGUUGUCCUCGGUGUGAAAAUAUGGCUAAUUAUUAGCAUUUAAACACACUGCUGCCACAUGUGUGACGGUUGAAUGUGAUUGAAAAAAAACAAAAUGGCAGCAUCAGAAGAUGGUUGUUGUGUCUGGACUGAAACAGUUGCAUAGUGAUUAUGGUCAGGUCGAUGGGACAUUCCAUGAUAUUUGAGUACCUCUUACUGCCACCAGGGGGCGUGUGUGAGUGAAGAGUGAGAGACUCUGUGAUCUGAACGGCUGCUGUUUGUACAAACACAGUGACUGUCUCCUGUAAUGUGGAACCACUGUUGUAAAUAGCACUUGAUAAAAUAACUUAAAACUCCA